GCGAACGGGGUACCGCGAAGAGACGGAGCGCACACCCGGGCAACUAUGGUCUCACUUCAGUCGCCGUCUCUGGCGCACAUGUCGCGCGCGCAGGUUGUGAUGGUGGCGUGCGGCGCGGGCUUCGCUUUCCUCGCUGUGCUGCUGCUCCGUCAGCUCGUCAAACAGAGGAGACCCCCGGGAUUCCCCCCCGGGCCAUCUCCCAUCCCUGUCAUUGGGAACAUUAUGUCUCUGGUUACCGAGCCGCACGUUUUCCUCAAGAAGCAGAGUGAAGUUCACGGACAGAUUUUCAGUCUGGACCUCGGCGGCAUCUUGACAGUGGUGCUGAACGGCUACGACUGUGUCAGGGAAUGCCUUUAUCAUCAGAGCGAAGUGUUCGCUGACCGGCCGUCCUUGCCACUCUUCAUGAAGAUGACCAAAAUGGGAGGUCUUCUCAACUGCAAAUAUGGCAAAAGCUGGAUUGAACACCGCAAAUUGGCGUGCAACUCCUUCAGGUACUUUGGCAGCAGUCAGAGGCUUUUCGAAAGAAAGAUCUCAGAGGAGUGCAUGUUCUUUGUCGACGCCAUUGACGAGCACAAGGGCAAGGCUUUCAACCCCAAACACUUGGUGACCAACGCCGUGUCCAACAUCACCAACCUGAUAAUCUUUGGACAGCGCUUCACGUACGACGACAGCAAUUUCCAACACAUGAUCGAGAUCUUUAGCGAGAACGUGGAGCUGGCGGUGAGCAGCUGGGCUUUCCUGUACAAUGCCUUUCCAUGGAUCGAGUACGUGCCCUUCGGGAAGCAUCAGAAGCUCUUUCGCAAUGCCGCCGAGGUGUACGACUUCCUACUGCGGGUCAUAGAAGGUUUUUCCCAAGGCCGAGUGCCGCACGUGCCGCGGCACUACGUCGACGCCUACUUGGACGAGUUGGAGCAGAACUCGGGAAAAGCCGGCUCAUCCUUCUCGUACGAGAACCUCAUCUACUCAGUGGGGGAGCUCAUUAUUGCUGGCACAGAGACCACAACCAACACUUUGCGUUGGGCCAUGCUCUACAUGGCCCUCUAUCCCAAUAUACAAGAAAGGGCGCACAAAGAGAUCGACAGCGUGUUGGCGAACGGCCGAGCACCGACUUUAGAGGACAAACAGAAGAUGCCCUUCGUGGAAGCUGUCUUGCACGAAAUCCUGCGUUUCUGCAACAUUGUCCCACUGGGCAUUUUUCGCGCUACCUCCCAGGAGGCGCACGUCAACGGCUUCACCAUUCCCAAAGGCACCAUGGUGAUUACCAACCUAUAUUCGGUGCACUUUGAUGAGAAGUACUGGACGGACCCGGGCGUGUUCUCACCGCAGAGAUUCCUGGACAGUAACGGCAACUUUGUGAGACGGGAAGCCUUCCUGCCGUUCUCAUUGGGGAGGCGUCACUGUCUUGGCGAGCAACUGGCCAGAAUGGAGAUGUUUCUCUUUUUCACCACUUUGCUCCAGAGGUUCCACCUUCAGUUCCCUCCAGGAAGCGUUCCCACCGUCGCACCCAAAUUAGGCAUGACCUUGCAACCCAAGCCUUACUCCAUCUGCGCCAUCCGCAGACAGCACAAAGACACUCCUUAUCGCAAGUAGCCUCUAAACAAACCAUUCCAACUACAUCUGGUUCUUCUUCAGACUGAUUCCAUGCACAGGUGCAUAAGACAAUACCACCCGUGAUUUUUUGGGAGGCUUUUUUUUUUUUUAAUGUACUUCCGCACAGACGAGCGAUCAUUUUAUCUGGCAAUAUGCGUGUUUGCACAAUAGACACAAAGCUCGAAACAGACGUGCAUUAUCGAUUGGGUUCCGCGUAGCUCAGGACAUGAUAUGUCUAUGAACCUUGGCGAGCCAGGGGUGUGUUAGGUAUACAUCAAUGAUUGAUACUAAGUACACUCGUGCUGGUUCAUAGCCCUUCCUUCUCAGGGCAGCGUCAGGUCAGACAAACGAAAGCCAUGGUUGGAGCUGCGGGCGCAAAUGACUUUCCAAGAACAUUCCGCACACUGCACGCUGAGCUGGACACGAGCCAGUUUUACAUCAUCUGGACUGACUUUGACACCACCUCCAGGGAGUAGGCUUUUUGGAAAAGCUUUCUCUCGGAAGGCCGACGCAAAAGCUGGUGGAUUUCUCAAAAUCACUUUUCCCACCUCUCAUGGUGCUUUUCAGUACUUUCAAAGUACUUCGUUUAUAUGUUGUCUUUUUUUUUUUUUUUUUUUUAAUACUUGUGUUUUUAUGUUUUCUUGCUUUACAAAACACAUACAUUUUUUGCUUUUAUAAAAUACCUUUUACGAGUGUCCUUCGAUUUUUGUAUAUUACAUAUGCAAUACUUGAAGAAUCAACGGAUUACAAAGAGCCACAGCAUAGUUGAGAGGAAUGACUAUGUUGACAGAAGACUUGAAUUAUUUGUUAGGUCUGUUUAAAUACUUAUAAAAACACAUUAAAAAUGCACACUGAUGUCAAGUGUCUGUAAUUUUUUUGAGUGAUUGAUUGGGUAAUGUCUGACAUUCUCUUAGGUGAGUGCAAAUAUUGUACUGUUAUUCAUAGGGGAAAUUUCACAGCAAUACUAACGCCAAGACAUGAAUAAUAUACAAUAAAAUGUUUGGAAAUCAUACAGUGGCAUAGUUUUUAAAAGGCUUUUU